UAUAUCUCUAUGACCACACGACAUCUAUUACACUAGACCAUUAACCAAACACCAAAACCAAACCGCACAAGACAGUCCUCACCUUCACUUCCACACUCCUCCCUCCCUCUCUUUCUUUACAUCUCUUACUCUCAAGUGUGUGGAAGUGGGUGUUUUAAUUUAAGUUUUUCUCUUACUGGGUCUGUUUUGCUUUUCUGAGUUUUCGACCAAGUAAUGGCUGGGACUGGAGUGUUUGCAGAGAUUUUCGAUGGAGAAGUGUACAAGUACUACACUGAAGGAGAGUGGAAGAGAUCCUCUUCCGGAAAGAGCGUUGCUAUCAUCAACCCGACUACGCGAAAGACUCAGUUUAAGGUUCAAGCUUGUACACAAGAAGAGGUAAAUAAGGUCAUGGAAACGGCAAAAAGUGCUCAGAAAUCCUGGGCAAAGACUCCUCUUUGGAAGAGAGCAGAACUCCUUCAUAAGGCAGCUGCAAUCCUCAAAGAGCACAAAGCUCCAAUUGCCGAGUGUCUUGUAAAAGAAAUCGCAAAACCAGCUAAAGACUCAGUGACCGAGGUGGUGAGGUCUGGGGACCUGGUUUCUUACUGUGCUGAAGAGGGGGUCAGGAUUCUUGGAGAGGGGAAGUUCUUAGUUUCUGAUAGUUUUCCUGGAAAUGAGAGAACCAAGUACUGCUUGACUUCUAAGAUUCCACUUGGGGUGGUUUUAGCCAUUCCGCCAUUUAACUAUCCUGUCAACCUUGCUUGUUCAAAGAUUGCUCCUGCACUAAUAGCUGGAAACUCUAUUGUGCUCAAACCUCCAACUCAGGGUGCUGUUGCUGCUCUUCAUAUGGUGCACUGCUUUCACUUGGCUGGCUUUCCUAAGGGCCUUGUAAGCUGUGUCACUGGGAAAGGCUCUGAGAUUGGCGACUUCCUUACUAUGCAUCCUGGGGUGAACUGUAUAAGCUUCACUGGUGGAGACACAGGUAUUGCAAUUUCAAAAAAGGCAGGAAUGGUUCCUCUGCAGAUGGAACUGGGAGGAAAAGAUGCCUGCAUUGUACUUGAGGAUGCUGACCUAGAUUUGGUAGCAGCAAACAUAAUAAAAGGAGGCUUUUCUUACAGUGGUCAAAGAUGCACUGCUGUUAAGGUCAUCUUGGUGAUGGAGUCUGUUGCUGAUGCUUUGGUUGAGAAAGUGAAGGCCAGAGUGGCAAAACUGACUGUUGGCCCCCCCGAGGAUGACUGUGAUAUCACCCCAGUGGUGUCAGAAUCAUCAGCCAAUUACAUUGAAGGGUUGGUUAAGGAUGCCAAACAAAAGGGGGUGACAUUUUGCCAAGAGUACAGAAGAGAGGGCAACCUUAUCUGGCCCUUGUUGUUAGAUAAUGUUAGACCUGAUAUGAGGAUUGCAUGGGAGGAACCAUUUGGACCAGUCUUGCCAGUAAUUAGGAUCAGUUCUGUAGAAGAAGGAAUCCACCAUUGCAAUGCUAGCAAUUUUGGACUUCAGGGCUGUGUCUUCACAAGAGACAUCAACAAAGCAAUGUUGAUCAGUGAUGCAAUGGAGACUGGGACGGUACAGAUAAACUCAGCACCAGCUCGUGGACCAGAUCAUUUUCCUUUCCAGGGUAUAAAGGAUAGUGGAAUUGGGUCACAAGGAAUUACCAACAGCAUUGACAUGAUGACUAAGGUCAAGACCACUGUCAUCAAUUUACCAGCCCCUUCAUACACCAUGGGCUAAUAUUCCUUUUAAGAAAAUGGGUAAUCACGACUAUUAGUUCUGAGCUAAUUAACUAUCAGAGAAAAGUAAUGUAAACGGAUUGGAUUUCUUGUGUAGUAUUUAAGUAUGUUUCUUAUUUUCCAAUUGACAAUCAGAUGAAUAACGGUGACACACGGUAUCAGAUCAUGUACUCAGUGUCUUAAAUAAUGAAGUAGAUUUUGCAGAA